AGAUAGUCCACUACGUGUCUAACAGAAAGUCUUUUGCAAUCCGGACUGUUGUUCUAACCGACUCGUAACGUAACGCACUGGGCGGAAGUGACGAAAGUAGGUGGACGCGUGACGAAAGGGGUUGCUUAAAAAUACGACAAGGAAGUGGAGCUUUAGUAACGUCGGUUAAAUCAUAUUGAAAGGAGUAAAAUAAAUAUUUACAUAUUUAUAUAUUGGUAGUUAUAUUUGGAAGGUUGUAGUAAGUGUCGGGAGGGUAAAGUCGGGCUCGGACUUACCCGGAAACCCGCUGCUAGCCAUUUUAGCUGCAUAACAGCGGAUACAGCGAUGAACACGGACGUGGAAUUUCACAUCAGGCAAAAUUAUCCGUGGAACAAGCUGCCAGCUAAUGUCAAGCAGAGUCUUGGAAACUCACAGAGGGAGUAUGAAAAGCAGGUCUUGCUGUACAGCAUACGAAACCAGCUGCGGUUUCGCAAUAAUCUGGUCAGACACGUGAAGAAGGACGAGCGGAACUAUUAUGAGGAGCUGCUGAAGUACAGCCGCGAGCACCUGAUGCUGUACCCGUACCAUCUGUCCGACAUCACGGUCAAAGGGUUGCGGGUCACCCCCUUCUCGUACUACAUCAGCAUCAUGGAGGACAUUAUGAACAGUGAGAAGAGCUACGACUCUUUGCCAAACUUCACUGCUGCUGACUGUCUGAGGCUUCUCGGCAUUGGGCGGAACCAAUACAUCGAUCUGAUGAACCAGUGCAGGUCAUCCAAAAAAUUCUUCCGUAGAAAAUCAGCAAGGGAUCUUCUGCCAGCCAAACCAGUGGAGAUCUCAGUGGAGCCGUGGUGGGUAGCGCAAACCGGCUUCAUCACCGAGGACGACAUAAGGAUCUGUUCUUCAGCGGAGAAGAGAGCCAUUGAUAAGAUGAUUGAUUCCGGACCCCAGCUGGCUGGAUCAAUGGAGUACAAUGUGGUUCUCAGUCUGUAUAACAGGGGCUUUAUAUACCUUGAUGUUCCCAUAUCUGAUGACAGCUGUAUAUCAGUGCCACCUCUAGAGGGUUUCGUCAUGAACAGGGUCCAGGGCGAUUACUUCGAGACACUGUUGUACAAAAUCUUUGUGUCCAUUGAUGAACAGACCAACGUGUCAGAGCUGGCGAAUGUACUGGAGAUUGACUUGGGCCUGGUGAAGAAUGCUGUGUCCAUGUACUGCCGACUUGGUUUUGCCAUCAAGAAAGGUCAGGUGAUCAGCCCCGACCAGCUGCACCUGUCAUGGAAAAGCGCUCCCUCUGUCAACAGACUAAAGGGCACUAUGGACCCUCAGAAGAUGCUGCUGUCCUGGGAGGGGGGCAGUCCAGUAAUGGAGGCUGGUUCCUCUGCUACUGACACAGACACCACCAGUUUGGAGGACCAAGAUGCAGCGAGUGUGAGUAGUUUAAGUAUUCCUGUGGCCCCUACAAAGAGAAUCGCCUUCCUGUUUGAUUCCACCCUCACAGCCUUCCUCAUGAUGGGCAACCUUUCCCCCAAUUUAAAGAGCCAUGCAGUGACCAUGUUUGAGGUGGGAAAGCUGUCAGAUGAGACCCUGGACAGUUUUUUGAUGGAACUGGAGAAGGUGGAGAGCACUGCUGAAGGAGAAGCUCAGAGGUAUUUUGAUCAUGCACUUACCCUCAGGAACACAAUACUCUUUCUGCGCUACAACAAAGAGCUCACUCCUGAUCAGGGCCCCGACAUACCAAAUAUAGGCCUGCCUCUGGACCUCCUCCGAUGUGAGAGUCUGCUGGGAUUGGAUCCUGCCACCUGCAGCCGGGUGCUCAACAAGAACUACAAGCUGCUGGUUUCCAUGGCACCGCUAAGCAACGAGAUCCGACCAAUCAGCAGCUGCACACCUCAGCACAUUGGGCCAGCAAUCCCUGAGGUUAGCUCCAUUUGGUUUAAGCUGUAUUUGUACCAUGUGACUGGGCAGGGCCCUCCUUCUCUGCUGCUGUCCAAGGGCUCUAGACUACGGAAACUACCAGAAUUCUUCCAGGCCUAUGACAGGCUCCUCAUCACGUCCUGGGGUCAUGACCCUGGUGUGGUGCCCACGUCAAAUGUCCUGACCAUGCUGAACGAUGCCUUGACUCACUCUGCGGUGCUCAUACAGGGUCAUGGCAUGCAUGGACAUGGGGAAACGGUUCAUAUCCCCUUCCCGUUUGACGAAGAGGACCUCAAAGGAGAAUUCUCUUAUUCCAACAUGUGUGCACACAAGGCCCUGAAGGUCCUGCGUGACAAAGUGGAUCUGGAGCACCAGUGUGGCUACAUCACAAUGUUAAACAGUAACAACAGGAACCGCCUCAGGCCUAGUGACGCAGACGCAGCUGGAGACGGCGAAUUUGGUACAGGGUUUGAUGCCAAUGGAAGCAGCGAGUCUUUUGAGCUGGUUACCGACGAGAACAAUGGGGACGGCAGUAAGAAGCAGGGGACAGAAGGGUCUUCCAGUGAGGACGAGUGGGUACCUCUGGAGCUGUGCUUUGGAAUGCCGCUCUUCAGCUCGGAGCUAAACCGUAAAGUGUGUCAGAGGAUUGUCUCACACAAACUCUGCAGCAAAGACAGUCUUCAAGAACUACUACAUUCCAGUCGAAAGCUUUCCUUGAAAGUUCUGAGUUUUGUCCAAUCAUUCCAAGAUUGUAGCCAUUCCGGUGACCCGGACAGUGGGAUAUCAGCGCCUCUUUGCCAGCCGCCGGCUGAGUCUGGCGUCCCCCUCCCUGGCAUAAACCUCCUCUUUAAGGACGAGCAGCUGAAGGAGUGGAGCGGGCGAGCCCCACCUUCUCUCCACCUCUCCACCACACAAAGAGACCAGCCCACAUAAAACCACACCCUCCACAUCUCAAAAAACCUCUACACACCUUUCACCUUCACACCCAGUCCCGCUCAUCCCGAUCGAUUCUCGAGCUAGCGGUGUUACUGUCUUAGCUCUGUUUUGUUACAGCCGAGCGUAACACUCGACGCUAAGUCAGUGAUCUGGACAUGAUCGCACCCCUCAUCAGCUAUCACUCUAUCUUGAGUUUAUUCCAUAUUGAGAUACAAAAUACAGGUGCAUCUCAAAAAAUUUGAAUAUCGCAGAAAAGUUCAUUUCUGUCCGUAAUUUAAUCAAAAAAGUGGAACUUUCAUAUAUUCUAGAUUCGUUACACAUAAAGUAGAAUAUUUUCAAGCCUUGUUUUGUUUUAAUCUUGAUGAUUACGGCUUACAGCUCAUGGAAAUCAAAAAUCCAUUAUCUCAAAAUAUUAGAAUAAAGAAUUUAUAAUACAGAAAUGUUCCACUUUUUGCAUUAAAUUACGGGGAAAGAUGUACUUUUCCACGAUAUACAUUUUUUUUUUUUUUUUAGUUGCACCUGUAAACUCACAUAAGUGUGACUUUGCUUGGAAAAGAAUAGGACAAGUCCUGUGGUUGGAUGAAGUCACCCAGGUAUCUUGUAAUUAUGCCUAUUUGUACUGUCAUGUCGUGUGAUCUGAUGCAUGAUGUCAUUGCACAAAAUCUCAGAAGAGCCAUGGAAAUGGGGUUUUUACUUUUGCACAUGCUGAUUUUCCUUUAAGUGUUUAUUUUUUAUUUUUUUAUUCUAUUUUUUUCUAAUUCAUGCUCGUUAUUUGAGCGAGAUUUUGAUUUCAUCAUAACUUUUAUUUUUAUUUUUUGGGGUUAGCCAGAGCAUAGGAGCAAAAUAUGCUUUCAACUUCAUUCUUUGCUGUUGUAUCACCAAAGAUGAACCUUUUUUUUUUUUUUUUUUUUAAAUAUUAUUUGCAUAACGAUUUUACUGUUAUUUUGCAAUAUUAUACAGGAAUUGCCUGGUUCCCAGGUGACUGAAAUCAACUCUCUGCUUGUGUACUCAAUAAUCAGCGGCCUGUUUAAGGAGUUACUCAUUUGGAUUGAGUUUACAGCUCUUUUGGAGUCCAGAGGGUGUCAUCCAAUGCCUGGCUCUCACACAAACCUGGAAGAUCAUUCUUUUUUAUAUUCCUACCAGUCUCUUUGGUUAUAAUAAUGUAGCGCUGCUACUGUGUUAAAUCAUGUAGCCAGUCAGGCUCCAUUUCCCUUUUCCGGCUCUAUAGUCAUGGUUAUUAAUGAUUGCCAUGAGAUCUUGGUGCAGCAUGAUGAGUGUUUAGAAACCAAUUGUGUGUAUUGUGCAUCGUUCUUGCACCUCCUUUCCCCACCUCCCUUCUUUCCCACAUUCCCUUCCGCUGACCUCCUAUUUGCACCCCACGGGACAUUCUCCUCUGGAAAACACGAACCCUGUCCAUUUCUCUGUAACUAAUCCAUCUCAGUGUUAGAGAAGAACAUGUUAGUUUUAUAACGUCGAGCUGCAUUUUAGGAACUCUUUGUUGUAGGGUGUUUGAUGGGACUGUGAAUAAUUCUCUUGUAAUUAAAUGGGUCUAAAAGUAACAUUCCCUUUGACGCCACCCCACCCCCCAAAAAUAUAUGGCAUACCAGUAUGUACAAAGUAUAUGAUAAAUCUAAAUAAAUAAAAAUGGUGCAACGAUGUUCCCCUCAAAACCCAUUUAGACGCACAGUGCUUGCCUGGUGCUGUAAUUGCUACUGAAACACAAAUGCAGGGUGUCGGCAACGGGUCAGCAGAUGAUAACGCAUAAAAAUGCAACAGUCUGAGCAAAGGUGAGAAUGUGAAAUGAGAACGGGACUGAAUGUUUUUCUCUCUGUCUCAUCAUCUUGUGCCUGAAUAUUUUCCUUCAUUGCAUUCAAAUGUAAUGUUUAUACAUGUGGUGAAAUAGUGACAUUUUCUGUAAUAUACAAGCCUGAAAACGACAGACUUUCUUGAAAUAUGUUUUUUCUUUGGGAUGUAAGUCAUAGCAUUUAAAAAAAAAAAAUCUGUUUACUUCCAAAAGUAAAAAGGAAGAAAAUCUCUUUCAUGGAUUGCAUUCCAAUGAAAAAGCCUUUAUUCGUCACAUAUACAUUACAGCACAGUGAAAUUCUUUCCUUUGUAUAUCCCAGCUUGUUAGGAAAUUGGUUAGAGUACACGGUCAGCAAUGAUAUAGUACCCCUGGAGCAGACAGGGUUACGUGCAUUUCUCAAGGGCGCAACAGUGGCAACUUUGAGGUGCUGGGGCUUGAACCCCCAACGUUCUGAUCAGUAACCCACAGCCUUAACUGGUAUCUGAUUACAAACUGAAGCGAGAUCAUAGGCUCGUUUCACGGUCACAUAACUAUCUAAGAAAUUAACGUUCUCAAAUUGUGAUAUUGACUGUGUGAGGAAAUCACACAUCCAGGGUUUAGACAUCUUUAGGCAGAGUGAUUAUUUUUACAUUUAAAGAGAGCCUACGCAGGAUUAAAACGUAAAUAAAAACAUUUACUCAGUGUUUAUGGCUGACAGCACGGUGGCACAGCAGGCAGCAUUGCCACCUCACAGCUCCACAGCCCCCGGCUUGAUCCCAAGCUUGGGUUACUGUCUCUGUGGAGCUUCACAUGUUCUCCCCUGGUCUGUGUGGGUUUCCUUCUGGUUCUCUGUUUCCCUCCACCUGUUCAUAAACAUGCCAGUAGGUGGAUUGGUGACUUUACAUUGACCCUAGGUGUGAAUGAGAGUGAAAGUGUGUGUAUGGAGCCCUUCAAUAGUGCCCAUCCAGGGUAUAUUCCCGCCUCAUGCCCAGUGUUCCCAGGAUGAGCUCUUUAUCCACAGUGUCCCUGACCAGGAUAAAGCAGUGACCAAAGAAUGAACAUUUAUGGUUUCUCAGAUUUUAGACAUCAAAGUAUGUUAUAUUUAGAAAAACCUGAUUUUGGCCAAGUUUUUCUUUGGCUGUUUUUCAGACUUCCGACAUCUUUUUCUCGGUCACUAUGAGUAUUUCCAGCAAUGUCUGAGCAGACGAGUUAGGUCAUUCACAUUCUGUCAGUCGUUCUGUGAGUCAUGUUAAACACGCCACAAGAGCUCUGUGGAAAAACUUUAGACCUGCAAUUGUGCAGUUGUGUGUCCGUCAUUUUGCAGACUCACCAACUACUGUAUAUGAGCACAUGGCUUUGUUCAAGUCCAUGUCUGGCUCUCUGCAUACAGUCAGUAUAGCCAGGCUGUUUCAGUAAUGUCUGUGUACAUGGUCACAGGAAGAGUAACCUUCAAUCCUUUUCAUUAUACCUAAUUAUUACUGUCUAUGUAAGUAGUUAGCUUUCCAUUAGCUUUGAGAAACAAUUCUGGAUUAUUUUAUGUAAGGAAUAAAAACUACUACAUAUGUUAUUGUUUUUUUUUUUUUGGUUUGUUUGUUUUUUAACAGGACAAUAAUCAACAACAGAGUGGCAUGAUGUGGCCCAGUUACUAUCACCACUCCGGCGUUGAUUCAUUUCCAAUAAUAGCACAUCCCUGAAAUGUUUUAUUGCUUUUAUACAAUGAUUUAUAUUUUAUUUUUACUACUGAAUUACAGUUUAAACUGUUUAGAGUUGCAUUUAAUAUCAUGAAAUGUCCACAAUACAAGCUAGUUCCUUUCAUCACUUUUGUUAUAAACGUUGUCAUUCCCGCAACAGUCUCGCUUUUGUUUUUACGGCAUAGGGCAGACGCCCUUAUCCUCCAGAGCAACUUGCAUUUAUAUAGAAUUUUAUACACCAGAGCAGUUAAGGGCCGUGCUCAAGGGCCCCAGCAGUAGCAGCUUGGCAGUGGUGGGAUUUGAACUCGCAUCCUUCCAAUCAGUAGUCUCUUACUUGAAAUUGACAAAAAUAGG